CCCAUGGCGAAGCCAGGCGGGCUCCAAAAGCGUGAAUGCGUCCACGUUCGGGAAGUUGCUCGCUUUGCGUGGCCCCAACGGCCGCCACAGUUCGCUCCAAGACGGUUCCCAGUCGGUGUGUGUUUUGCGCUCGCUGUUUCGGAAGUGUGGAGGCCAGGCCGCCUUUGAAGCGACUUUUUGCACUGCAUUUGCAUACAAAGCGCGUUCCUCAGAUUAGCGCGGAACCGUUAAUUUUAGACUUCCGCCGUUAAUGACUGGGUGGAGUGCAGUGGGUGUGAGUGGCAGUUGUGUGACACAGUUCGCAAGGGAUGAAGUGCUAGUACUGCGCCCUGUUUGCGUGCGCGGGGGGACGGCUAUUUCUGGACCACUCGAGGAACAUCUGCUCCACAGGCACUUGUGAGGGAAUUGAUGGAAGCUGAGGAUCCGAGACUAAUGGGAAAAUAAGAUGAUUGAUUCGGUCGUCGCGAAUCGCUGAGUCUGCCCAUUUCGAUUUAUGCAACCCACGUACUCCGUCUUGAGGGGCAGCUCCACGUAGUGAAGUGCUCAGUUGACCUUUUGCCACCGAAAGGUAAAUGCUCGCGCGGUAACCGUAGCAACGAAUUGUUUUGUCUUCGGCAACAACAGUACCGUGUGUCGAAUGGCCGGCCGUGACGAAAAGAACAAAAAGAAAAAGAAGAAGGAGCAAAUGAUGUCCAACGAUGGCGAUGGCGACGGGGAACAGGUUUCAGAACGACGCUAUGGUUGCUACCGUUUCGGGAUAGUGGUCGCGGUCAUCAUCAUUGUCAUCCUAAUAGCCGGGACCGUGCCCAUAGUCUUCGCUAUUGAUAAUUCCAACGUUAUCCUGAUUGUGAUUAUAGUGACGCUGGUGGUGGUGGGUAUCCUGUUGUUGAUUUACUGCCGAUGGCAGCAGAAGCAGGCGGCACAAAUGCGACAGAAGACGACUGUACGGGAGUUGGAGUACUUGGGGCAAACGGCUUGAUUCGUACUGGGAAUGAGUAUGUGCAGCUGGGCUAGACCCACUGAAAUAAGGCAGCUUCUAGGAUACACAAAUCCCGAUAUGAAGAUAUUUACACUGUUUAGCCCUUUCAAUUGUUGAUUUUGUCACAAAGAGCCUCAUUUUAAAGCUAAGAAGCUUUCCGGAGUUGGUCAUCGAUUGAAACUUGAAUUCAAAAUUCUAUUAUUUGAGCGUAUUUGUAACUCAUACACUUUCCAGAAGUUUUCAGUGUUUACUGAAAAAUCAGAUGAAGAUCGGGUGUUUGCAUAGAUUCUUAUGCUUCGUGAGAUAUGACUUCAACGUUCCUGGAUUUUCCAACAUUUUCUACUUGUAAUGUUCCGAAAUAUUUAACACUAAGAGAGGCUGAAGUAGAUGGCAACUAAGCAACGGCUAGUCAUUAGUUCAUUCAUAAUGAAUCCUGAGUUCCAUGUAAAUUUAAUUUCGUAGAAUUAAUUCUUUAAGUUUAAGCACAAAUUCUAUCCUCCUAUUGAAGAUUAUCUGUUGUAAUCUAUUAACAUUAAUUUAUUGCUUUAAAUUGUUAUCGUGAAACGAUGAGAAAAUAUACUUGUAUUUUUUUACACAAUCA